GCGGCAGCCGCUUUGUUGAUGGGUUGGUUGCGUCAGCCAAUGACGGCGGAUCGCGAACUCGAAAAAGGCUAUUUGGCAUGAUUUUCGGCUGCUGCUGUAGUGUUGCCUUCUCAAGACUUUUUUUAUUGAACGGGCAGCACUAUAUCAAGCGACAUGUACCUGGGGACGGCUCGGGAUGCACAUAGUCCGCUCUAUUUUGGCAGCCUGUUCUCUCCUUCUUUCUAGCCAGCGCAAUUCGCUACUUUGCCGGUUCUGUUUAUUAUUCGCCAAAUACCAAACCGCAUACCCGCACGCAGUGACACCAACCCACCGACCCCCUUUUUCGAAUGAAGUACAGCUUUGUGUUUGGCAAGCUGGGCAGGGACUCGGCGUCUUCGCAGGACAACGACGCGGCGGCAGCCGCAGCAGGAGCGCCGGGCGCAGUGUCCACAGCCGAGACUGCCGACAUGCACGCAGAUUUUGUAUGCACCGAGCGGUUUGCUGACAACUUUUGGUCCGAAGACGGCCGGUGUGUAUCGGUGCUCACUACAAAGCUCAAGAAUGCAAAGCAGUCGUGCCUUGACCUGCUGACGAUGGUUAGCAAGCGCGCCGAGAUCGAAGAGGAGCUGGGCAAGAAGAUGCUGAAGCUGAAGGUGGGCACGAUUAAAGAUGCGUUUCGGUGCGUGCGCGUUGAGAUGGAGAACACGGCCAAAACACACCUUGACUUGGCCAAGCAGCUGCGCACUGAGCUCGAGAAGCCGUUCCUGGGCUUCAUGGACGACCAGAAGCGGAAACGGCGGGCACAGACCUCAGAGGAGCGGUCCCAGCUGCGUGGCAUGAUUCGGAAGCUGCAGGACAAGCGCCGCAGCGACACCCGCAAAGUUGGCGACCUGGAGCUGCAGGUCAACGGUCUGCAUGGCAUGGGUGACCCAAAGCUCCGGAACAAGCUGGAGCGCGCACAGGCGCAGCAGCGGGCCACUGAGAAGGAGUAUGUCGAUGUGCGCCAGCGCCUGCAUGAUGCCGACCAGCAGUGGUACCAUGUCUGGCGCAGUGCCUGCGAUGUCUUCCAGGUCCUUGAGGAGCAGCGUAUUUCGUAUCUGAAGCAUAUUGACCUCGAGCGCAUUGACGUGGCCAGCGACAUCUCGGCGUUUAUCAGGACAUUUGGCACUGGCGGACCGGAUCCAGAGCUGGACCCCGAAGGGGCUAGGGCUAGCGCAGACAGAAUGUCGCAGGACGCGGGUUCUGGCAACUCUCGGUCACAGUCAACAGUGCUCGGAACAGUAAGCUCUGCCGUACCCACGCCCGAGAGCACCAGGCCAAUUCAUCGCACGCCAACAAGCAACAGCCAGGAUAGUGUCCCCACUGAGAGCCAUGGUGGCGCCAUGGCUGGGUCUGUCUCGCAACAGCCUCUCGGAAUGGAUCCACGUCAGCAGCACGGCCCGCCUCUGCCAGUGCGCAAUUCAUCCCGCCCAGUGUCCAUGCACGCACAGGGAAUGCAGGCACUGGCAGGUGCGUCUGCUGCUGAAGCAGCGUGGAAUGACCGUCCAAGGUCGUCAAUGCAGCAGGGAUCUUCAUUCAAUGGUGCUGCUGCCCAUUAUCGUCGGUCGAGCAACGCGGACGUGUACAACACUCUCAGCAGCAGCAGCCAGCAGCAGCAGCAGCCAUCACCGCAACAGCGGCGUAACCAAGCCCCUGCUUCGCGCCCUGCAGACACUCUUUAUAGCGGAACAGUUAACGGCAUCAGUGCUGGCAUCCCAGCGCCGAUGGCGACGCAACGGCCAAGCACACCGGGCCAGAUGGGCGACAUUAGCGGCUCGUAUUCUGCAGGCCAGCAACCAGCCCCCACGCAUAGGCUCACCGCGAUCGCGUGCAAGCACAUUCAAUGGCACGAUGACUGCUCAAACCGGGCAAUUUGGCGCGCUCACUGUCAAUACACAGAUACCGACUCCUCAGCAACAGCAGCAGCAGCAGCCGCAGCAGGCAGCAUAUGCGAUCCCGUACCAGCAGAAUGGCGCGCCAAACUCGUUUGCCAGGGUCGCGCCCGGUUUCUGUCAUGCAGAAUCCGCAGUACCAGUCGCCACAGUUUAUCCCAGCGAACAUGGUGUCACGCCCGCCUACGCAAAUGUCGCAUUCGCCCCAUCAGCAAUAUCAGCCACACCAGCUCCACCAACGGACGACCUAGCCAGCAACAGCAACAGCAGCAGCCAGCUCAUGGAGAGCCAAACUUCACCAAGGACCAGCGCGAGAUCAUCUCAUACGUGAAAGGCAAUCUGACGAUUCGUGAAGGUGACAUCAUCUCUGUGCUCCAGGUCAAUCCGGACGGCUGGCGCGGCGUGUUUCCUUCCAACUUUGUUGAUCCCAUCUCCAACUUGACUGCCAGCUAGGCUUCCUUUGAAUUAUUUUCUAGUUUCAAUUGCCAUUAUAUCUGUAACCACUCGCCGUGACGUG